ACACACACACACACACACACAACCCAAACAAAGACCACCGCAACGCAAUUCCCUUCUCAAAUUAUUAUUAUUAGUUUUUUUUUCUUCGCCAAACCUCCCUCUCUGACCCAACGCAAUUCCCUUCAAAAUUAUAUCCCUUUCUUCUUCGCCUUUGUGAUCCACCUCCAAAUUAUCCUCUCAUUACUCGGGGAUCAAGUUUCACUAACUCUCUUGUCGUCGCCUCCAUCUUUUCUUCGCCGAUGGCGGCGGCAUUCGGUUUCGCCACCUCUAUUGCUACUUCUACACCAUCAAAUCCUAACCUCCGUCCAUUGGCUGUGUCUUGUCCUCAAUUGCAAACCUUCUACAAACCCUUGAACAAUAGAAGGGCAUCGGCUUUAAAUCAAAGCCUUCGUGUUAGAUGUGAAAGUGUGAGUCAGAAUUUGAAUACAAUCGACAAGGAAGAAUUGAAGAGAUCGAGCGCUAUGGCGCUUGCGCAACUCAAGGCUUCUGCAAUCGACAGGUAUACAAAGGAAAAGAGCAGCAUCAUUGUCAUUGGACUAAAUGUGCACACAGCACCAGUUGAUGUACGUGAGAAGCUGGCCAUCCAAGAAGCCCAGUGGCCUCAAGCCAUUAGGGAGCUCUGUGCUUUAAAUCAUAUAGAAGAAGCUGCUGUUCUCAGUACUUGUAACAGAAUCGAAGUAUAUGUUGUGGCUCUUUCUCAACAUCGUGGAGUCAAAGAAGUUACUGAAUGGAUGUCUAAGAUUAGCGGGGUUUCUGUUUCAGAGCUUUGCCAACACCGAUUUAUGUUGUAUAAUAAAGAUGCCACAAGGCACCUAUUUGAGGUAGCUUCUGGACUCAACUCAAUUGUUCUAGGAGAAGGUCAAAUCCUUGCUCAGGUGAAGCAAGUUAAAAAACUUGGACAAGGAGUUGAUGGCUUCAAUAAGAAAAUUGGUGGGUUGUUUGAGCAUGCUAUCAUUACUGGGAAACGGGUUAGAACUGAAACCAACAUUUCCUCUGGGUCAGUUUCUGUUAGUUCAGCUGCUGUAGAGCUUGCAUUAAUGAAGCUUCCAGAGUCCUCAUAUGCAACUACUAGGGUAUUAUUAAUUGGAGCUGGCAAAAUGGGGAAGCUUGUGAUCAAACACUUGGCUGCUAAAGGGUGCAAAGAAAUGGUGGUUGUGAACAGAACUGAGGAGAAAGUUGCUUUAAUCCGUGAAGAGCUUAAGGAUAUUCAAAUCAUCUAUAAGCCCCUUUCAGAAAUGAUGGCAUGUGCUGCUGAAGCAGAUGUAAUUUUCACAAGCACUGCAUCAGACACUCCGCUGUUCUUGAAAGAGCAUGCACAGACACUCCCUGUGGACACAGAAAUGGGAAGGCGGCUUUUCAUUGAUAUUUCAGUUCCCAGGAAUGUAGGACCAUGUGUCUCGGAUCUUGAGACAGCAGAAGUUUACAAUGUCGACGAUCUCAAGGAUAUUGUGGCAGCUAAUAAGGAGGAUCGGCUCCGGAAGGCUAUGGAAGCACAAAUAAUUAUUUCCGAGGAAUUAGAGCACUUUGAAGCUUGGAAGGAUUCCCUUGAAGCCGUUCCCACCAUUAAAAAGCUACGGGCUUAUCUUGAAAGGAUUAGGGCUUCUGAACUGGACAAGUGUCUCUCGAAGAUGGGUGAUAUUACAGAUAAACAGAAGAAAGCUAUUUAUGAUCUUAGCAUGGGCAUGAUGAAGAAGUUUCUUCAUGGUCCAAUGCAGCACCUAAGAUGCGAUGGGAGGAGUGACUGCCAAAAACCAGAGGAGAUGCUUGAGAUUAUGCAUGCUGUGAAUAGAAUGUUUGACCUUGAGACGGAGAUAAUUUUGGACACAGUUCGAACGAAAAUGGAAAGAAUCAAGAAGUGAGCUCUUCAUAAAGGGUACUUUUCCAUUUUACUGCACCGAAGGGAUGUUCCUUGGGUGUUCUUGUUGUGAUAUUAUACACUGACACAGAAUAAUCAAUUCUUUGGAGACCCAUUUUUUAGAGAGAGAGAAAUAAUGGCUGCUAUCCUCAAUGGUGGCUUGUCAUUUUUUUUUUGCGCUCAAUAGUAAUAUAGAGUCAGGCUAGUAGGGAUUCAGAUGAAAAUUUUGUAGCCACAGAUCGUCCUAAUUGUCGAGGAAUGAGGAGCGUGAUUCUUUAUUUUUGUAAUUAUUUCACAGAUUUUAUUGCUACACUCGACAUGUCAUUCAUCCUUGGAGUCGUCUUCCAAGCUCUUACUGUGAUUCCGUUCUGAUGCAACAUUUCCUCGUACAGCUGUUGUUGUUGCCAGUUGAUAAUUCUUGAAACUGAUAACAGAUUGCACAAA